GGAAGGAAGAGGGGAACAGAGCAGGAGCUGCGGCAGUGGGUUUCAACAGUGUGCUGGGAUUCAGGGGAUUGGGUUCUUUUCCUUACUCCCCUAUGGAUGUACUAAGAGACUCUGUGCCUUAGCCUCCUCCUGUGUAAAAGUCACUGUUGUGAAAAACUAAAGAACCGAAACCAGCAGCCCUCCUUCUAGGAAAUGGCAGAGGUACAGGAGGAGUGUCCAGGUGUUUACGCUGUCAGAGGUGACGUCUCCAGCAGAGGAUAGUUUGGAGUACCACACCUUGUAGGAGUGGGAAGUUGAAGAUUUCUGUGGUGGACUUGCACAACAAACAUAGACCAAUUUUCCUGCCCUAGGUGCUUUCUGGAUAAUGGCGAAGAUGGUGAGAACAACAUGUGCCUUUUGUUCAGAAGGGGAGGCUGGCUCUGUCAUGUACAUCGCCACAGAGAGAAAUAUUGCAGCUCAUCAGGACUGUCUGUUAUUUUCCUCAGGAUUUGUGGAAUCUGAAGAUCAUAACCCAGAAAAUCUGGAAAUAAGGUUUGAUGUGUCAUCAGUGUUAAAGGAGCUCAGGAGAGGAAAGCGGCUGGUGUGCAACUUCUGCCGCAAGAAGGGGGCCACGGUGGGCUGCGAGGAGCGCGCGUGCCGCAGGAGCUACCACUUCUUCUGCGCGCUCUGCGACGACGCGGCCGUGGAGACCGACGAGGUCAACGGCGUCUACAGAGUGUUCUGCCCAAAACAUGACCCAGGGAAUAGGACCAAUCACUAUGGUGCACCUAAAAAGAAAAGAAGACGUACACUGGCAUCUCCCACCAUCACAGAAGAAAUGAGUACAGAAGAGACAGCAGAAGAAAACAGUUUACGAAUAGUAAAAAGGAAAAACAACAGGCAUAAAGUUCGAAUAGACUUCGUUAGGAAGUGCAAACAAGCUGGGCUUCUGGAUGACAUCUUUGAAGAAAUGCUGGACACACUUCACCUGGCUCAGGAAAAACUGAUGAAUGACAACACUUCAGAAACAGAGUAUGAAGAGACAGUGAUGGCACUGUUUGACUGUGGACUGUUUGAAAAUAUACUCACAAAUAUUUAUUCAGGAACAGAAGAAAAAAUCCAGAAACUUCUGGAAAGCAGAAAAAGACUGGACCACAAGAUUGAGGUACUGCAGGACUUAAAAGAAAUCAUCCUUCCUACUCCAGAGAACAUGGCCAGUACAUCCAGUACGGUGUCUGAAUAACCUCUCUGUGAUGGUGCAGUUGUUAGGAUUUUCUAAUGCUAAAAACCAUAGACCAGUCUGGUCAGUGCCCAAUGCCCCAGCCCCAAGAUGAGGGCUGAAUGAGGCAAGAACGUGGUGUUACACUAAUUUUUAUACCUCACUGCUGCAAUAAUUUUAAGUUCUUCAAGUUUUCAAAUUUUCAUCUUCAGAUUUUUCCUGGUUCCACUAUAAACUUCCAUUUAUAUUGCACAAUGGAACAUAAAUGCCUGUUAUUAACUAAAUAUAGCUUUUACAAAAACUCAACAGAACCCUCGAGGGAAGACUUUUUUCUCAAAGCCAGGGGAGUGUUCAGCUGCCACAGAACAGUUGCUAAAUUCACUUGAACUGUGGGAGCCCUCUCCUGGCUGAGCAGUAGCUGCCUCGCUGUCUGUGUCCAGACAGUGAUGGUUGAAGGAGCACAGUGCUGCCUUGGCUUUCCCAAAAAAGAUAAAUGAGCAGAACUUGCACUUAAAGAAGCCUUCUGACUUACAAACAGGAGCUUCAUUUAAAAAGCCAAAUUAUUCUUUAUUGACUGGUCGAGGUGUACUGUUUCUGCUGCAAUGGCAGUGGAAAAGCAGCGUUUGCAGGCAGACCAGAAAGGGUUGGGCAUUAUAGUAAACACAAGUACUGUCAAAUAGAGCAAAACAGUGACUGGAUCUUCCUUUCUCCAUUAAGGAAGGGUUCAACUUUCAUGUGUUUUGUCUUUAAAAUAUUGUUUGAAUACAGAAAAGCAUUGUUUAGCCACAACAGGCUAAUAAAAUAAAACACUUUUUAAAGGA